AUGGAGAAGGAGACGGCUCUUCCUCCAACCUCCGGCCACGUCCCUUUUGGAGGCUCUCGUUCUGGCUCUGGUUUCCAUCUAAAGCCUGAGCGCCGCUCUCCCCCCUUGUCUCCUCCCCCACUGCCGCCGCCGGCGCCGCCGUCGGAACAGGCUCUUCUCGGGCGGCGCGAUUCUGGUUCCUUCAGCCGCGACAUCAGCGGGAUGCCGGAUCUUCCUCCGAGGAAUCUUGGCCACCGGAGAGCUCAAUCUGAGAUCCUCAGCCUCCCCGAUGACAUAAGCUUCGACAGCGAUCUCGGCGUCGUCGGCUCCGGCGAUGGCCCCGCCAUGUCCGACGACGCCGAUGAGGACCUCUUCAUGAUGUACAUGGACAUCGAGAAGAUCGGCUCCUCUGCCGAGACCUCCGGAGCCCUCGUCUUCUCCGGCGAGCCAGCGGCGGCGCCGCAAGGGGAGAACUCGUCGUCCUCGGGGUUGACCGACCGGCCGAGGUUUCGUCACCAGCACAGCCAGUCCAUGGACGGCUCCACCUCCAUCAAGUCGGAGUUGCUCUCUUCCGGCAUGGAGGAAGCUUCAUCUACAGAGACGAAGAAGGCCAUAUCAGCGGCGAAGCUCGCGGAUCUCGCCCUCGUUGACCCCAAGCGUGCAAAAAGGUUAGCCCGAAGCUCUUCCUCCAUCUCUGCCAAAGCCAUUGUCUUGCCGCGUCAGAAUGGAGCAGGAACUAGGGUUCUUGCCUUCAAUUUUUUCUCUUUUAGAAGCCAUUGGAUAGGAACUAGGGUUCUUGGUAGGAUCAUAUGAUAGAACAUCUGGGGACAGUUGAUGCGCCCACUGUGGAUGAUGCCGUCGAAUUGCUCUUUCGUUCCUCACUACUCCCUGUGUGGAAGAGACCACGGAGAUUUUGCAUGCAGUCUACUCUGUUCUAGGUCAUCUGGUGGGCAUAUUUUGUGCAAUACUGUCACAUUGAUUUCUUGCUCAUAUCAAAUGUGGUAUCUUCCGCUUUAUAAAACAUAAAAUUUUCAGCAUGCAAGACUUGAAAGGGUUGAAAAAAUUGAUUCUUUCGUGCGUAUGGGUGAAUACCAACUGGUGAAAAAUAAUGAGGAACUAACCCUCCAUGGAGCUUGUUCUUGCAAUGAGUUGUCAGGUUUAUGCUUCACUUCUUCUGAAGCCCAGAUGAUGCCUUCUUUUUUCUUGGGUCCAGAUUUAGGUUUCUUUGUUGGCAACUGCUGAUCAGAUCAGGAGAUGUAUUGUCUCUGAGCAGCUCGGAUCCUCUAACUGGAAAUCUCGUGGAUGUUAUAGGAUCUGGGCCAACCGGCAGUCGGCUGCGAGGUCAAAGGAGAGGAAGAUGCGGUACAUUGCAGAACUGGAAAGAAAAGUUCAAACCUUGCAGACGGAAGCGACGACUUUGUCCGCUCAGUUGACCAUGCUGCAGGUCUCUCUCUCUCUCUCUCUCUCUCUCUCUCUGAGCUGGAUAUCCUGUCUCGAUCCUCAUGUUCCUCCCCUCUCUUGCUGUUGCUUUCCUCUUGGUUUGACAUUCCAUUUCUUCUUAUGAUGGCAGAGAGACACUAGCAGCCUGACAUCUGAGAACAACGAGCUCAAGCUGCGCUUGCAGACCAUGGAGCAACAGGUUCAUCUACAAGAUGGUAGGGCUUCAUCUUCACCCAUCGUUGCUUUCCUCUGUGUACACAAGUUUCUGCUCCGCUGAAGCGCCUUCCUUUCUCUUGCGAGAUCAGCUCUGAAUGACACGCUCAGGGAGGAAGUGCAGCGUCUGAAGCUGGUGACAGGCCAAGCCGGCAUUGCCAAUGGUGCCCAGAUGGUGAACUUCGGGCCUUCUUCGUUCGGGGCAGGCCCACCACAGCCACCGUAUCCCAACAGCCACGCUAUGCAGUCGAUGCUGGCCGCCCACCAGAUGCAGCAGCUUCAGAUCCAUCCCCAGCAACAUCAGCUGCAGCAGCAGCCCCGCCCCAGCCUGCAUCAUCCCCAGCAGCAACAGCAGCAGCUGGUUAGUCCUGAUAUGAAGGUUAGGGAGCCUACUCAGAGUCAGCCCCAGAAGGAGCGGGAGGGUGCAUCUGACAGCAACAGCACGGCACCCAAAUGA